UCUGCCUGUCAAGUGUUAACACUUUGCAUUCGUCUUUUCAUCAACCAUCGCCGGUGAGGCAACUCUCUGUCUUUCCAAAAAUGAUGGAGCUCAUAGACAUUCUUCUGAUCCUCUCAGCUUUCCUCUUCCUCCGUUACUGGUGGCGCAGCUGGUCCACCACCGGAGGCGGCCCCAAAAACCUCCCCCCAGGACCACCCGGCUGGCCUCUCGUCGGAAACCUCUUCCAAGUCAUCCUUCAACGCCGUCACUUCAUCUACGUUGUACGCGAUUUGCGGAAAAAGUAUGGUCCAAUCUUCACCAUGCAAAUGGGCCAACGUACGUUGAUCAUCGUCACCAGUGCCGACCUGAUCCACGAAGCUCUCAUUCAGCGAGGCCCUCUCUUCGCGAGUCGACCAGCUGACUCGCCGAUCAGGCUCAUCUUCAGCAUGGGGAAAUGCGCCAUCAACUCUGCCGAGUACGGUCCUCUGUGGAGGACGCUUCGGCGGAACAUGGUGUCGGAGAUGAUAACGCCGUUGAGGAUCAAGCAAUGUUCGUGGAUAAGAAAAUGGGCGGUGGAGGCUCACAUGAGAAGGAUCGAAGCUGAAGCCCAUGAAAAUGGCUUCGUCGAGGUCUUGAGCAACUGUAGACUAACGAUUUGUAGUAUCCUCAUAUGUCUCUGUUUUGGAGCCAAAAUCACUGAGAACCGAAUCAGAAGAAUAGAAAGCAUUUUGAAAGACGUCAUGAUCAUCACCCUUCCAAAGCUUCCAGAUUUCUUGCCCGUUCUAACUCCAUUAUUUCGUCGCGAAGUGAAAGAAGCGAAAAAGUUGCGAAAAACGCAAGUGGAUCUUAUCGCGCCCCUGAUAAGAAGCAGAAAAGCUUACGUGCAGAGCAACGGGGAGAUUAACGAGAAUUCCGAAAUGGUGAGUCCGAUCGGUGCUGCUUACGUGGACUCUUUAUUCGGGUUGGAUGUUCCAAGCAGAGGCAGGCUCGGGGAGGAGGAGUUGGUAACAUUAGUAUCGGAGGUUAUCAGCGCCGGGACUGACACCAGCGCGACGGCGUUGGAAUGGGCAUUGCUCCACUUGGUGAUGGACCAGGGGAUUCAGGAGAAACUGUACAAGGAGAUCGUGGACUGCGUGGGGAAAAACGGCGUCGUGUUGGAGAGUGACAUCGAGAAAAUGCCGUAUCUCACUGCGCUGGUGAAGGAGACAUUCCGGCGACACCCUCCGAGCCAUUUCGUGCUGUCGCACGCAGCAACGACAGAGACAGAGCUCGGAGGGUACACGAUACCAGCAGAUGCCAGCGUGGAGUUUUACACGGCGUGGUUGACGGAGGAUCCGAGUAUGUGGGAGAAUCCGGACGAGUUCCGACCUGAGAGAUUCUUAACCGGCGACGGGGUGGAGGUGGACGUAACUGGGACGAAGGGGGUGAGGAUGAUGCCGUUUGGGAUCGGAAGGAGGAUUUGUCCGGCUUGGACGCUGGGAACGUUGCAUAUAAGUUUAAUGCUGGCGAGAAUGGUGCAUGCUUUCAAGUGGUUACCGGCUCCGAAUUUCCCACCCGAUCCGACAGAGACAUUCGCUUUUACGGUUGUGAUGAAGAACCCUCUCAAGGCUGUUAUCUUGCCCAGGUCAAUUUAGAGACAAAUGGUGUUCUUUCGACGAUCUCUUUUGAGAAGUUUGUUCAAGCUAAGGAUCUUUUGAUUUGUUCGUCGUGAGCUGAAGUUAAUAAUAUUGAAGUAGAAGAACUAGUUUAUAAUUCAGCAGAGGGUUGAUUGGCAGAUUAUUGUUCACAAUAUAGUUAAAGAAAGAAAAACAAGUAUAAGAAUCAUCUUCACUACAAAUUUCGCAUUACUUUGAAGCCAAAUCUGGAAGAAAGAGAAAAGUUUCCGUGUUUAGCCUGCGAUGCAUUCUCACAGCCCUCUCUUUUCUCUCCCAGACAUUGUUCUCGUCGGAAGUUGAAAGUUUGGUCCAUUAAUUGUUAUAAGUUGGCCAACAAUUAUAUCAUAAGUGUGUUCAACGAUAUGUGAUUCUGUA